CCUAAAAAUUCUUAUAUAUCAGCUUAAUAGUUGGUAGCGUAUAAAUAUAAUAUAUCCAAGCUAGACUCCGUUUGGUAGUCUGUUUGCAUCCCUGUACGUUUGGCAGAGCACUUCUAGUUGUAGUUUGGAUCUUGGAGAGGAGACCAGGUGUUGCGUAGUACAGUGGCAAGGCGCGUCUGUCCGCAGAGCCAAACACCCCCCCUCCCAUCUGGUCUCAACACUUUAUCUACCUACACGACCCUGGCAGCGCAACUUCAACUCCACUGACUAGUGUGAGAUCUUGAGUUGCCUCGUGCCAUCUGACUAUAAUGUCGUUUACGGCAAUCAAUCUGCGGCCCUCUGCCCCGUCUUUGUCGACCGCUAGAAAUUCACUCCAUACUUCUCAUGGGAGUACUUCCCUUGCAACACCUACCCAGCAUCAGCCUGAGCCAAAUGCAACAAUCCGAGCACCUUCAAUAGCUGAUGAAGAUCCUGAGAGUGACGAUGAUGUUGAGCCAUUGGACUCUGACGAGUUCAAGGCGAGUUGCGCCCUUCAAGAACCGUCUAUUGUGAGGCGUAAUAUGGAAGAUCUAAUAACCCUACUGAAUACCACUUGCCUAGAUCUCAAUCCAGAUUACCAACGCGACGUCGUUUGGACCCGCAAACGCAUGUCAAGUCUCAUUGACUCACUCAUAGAGAACUACUAUGUGCCUCCAAUUAUCUUCAACACAAUCAGAGAAGACGGUCCGAACGGUCCUCUAGUGAGACGUAUAUGUGUCGACGGUAAGCAACGAUUGACUUCGGUAUCGCUGUUCAUGUCUGGUCAGAUACCAUGCCAUGACACGGACCGUCGAAGUUGGUACUACUGCCAGCGUCUCGACGACACUUCUGCUCGCCGACGCAUCCUGCCUGACUCCUGGAAGAGGACUUUCCGGAACAAAGAGUUCAUUUGCGUUGAGUAUGAAAGCCUGUCAAGAGCCAUGGAGGAGGAGUGCUUUGCGAGGGUCCAGAUGGGUGUGCCGCUUUCACCAGCUGAGAAGAUCCGAGCGACAAAUGGUCCUUGGCAGGAUCUGGCAAGGUCUUUCGAGGCCGAGUUCUCUGACAUCGUCACUCUCGCAUCAACAGACCGAUCAGGCGGCUUCAGACAUGUUCUCACGUGUUUUGCACAGAUCAUUGAGAUGUAUCAUUCGUCGAGUCCAGAUGGCCAGCCUGUCUUCAGAGGAGCUUACAGCGCCUUGGGCACUUUCGUCAAGAAUGCGCCGCCGCUAGAUCCACCUACAAGAAAUCAUAUGCGCAAGGUCUUUGAGAUCUUCCGAGACAUAAAUCAUACAUACCCCUCGACCUUCCAAAAUAAUGGAUAUUCGCACGCGAAGAACUUCGCGCCAAUUGAAAUCAUUGCUGUCGCGUGUCUCAUAUCGAAGCACCAUGGUCGCAGCAUCGAUCUCUUGAAGAACGACAUUCUUCUCAUGAGGCGGCUGAUACGUCAAGAAUUUCAAGCAUUGACGACCAACAGAAAGAUAUGGAAGACUGUAUGGAAGUUUAUCGAAGAUCUGGAGCAGUAUAGCGGCGCGACCGAUGGCACUACUGUGCGUAAGGACGGAAAACCCAAUGCUGCGGUGCUGAAUAAAAGCCGUGCAUCUCAUCAAACGUCCCCAAAAACGCCAUCCAGCAGAGCGGGAGCAAAAGAUGUAACAAAUCGGACGUCGGGAGUACGCACACAGGCAGUACAGGAAACGUCGCUUCAAGAUGUCCCACCACAUACGGUUGUGACACAUGGUGGUCGUUCCAUGAACAUACCGUCUACAGCAGUCCCCACAAGCAAAAGUCGCACCAGCCUUGAGGCAAGUCAUACUAGACUUACCGAUCCUGCUCGCAUACAGAAGCUGCCUAAACUAGAUGAGAGAGCGCUUCUAACCCCAGCGCCUUCGGACAGCACCAGCCCCAAAUCACCUGUUUCUGCAGAUGAUACACCGGUAUCGGUCGCCUCGAAGUCAUUAACACAGAAAAUAAAUCCUGCUCGCUUAUCUUCAUUUCGAGCCGUCGCCUCCAACAAGACGACAGCGGAGCAGAGUCCGUUCACUUCACCCUCCAAGUCCACCGGUGUCCCAUCCACACCAGCGGUACCGUUGAGGCCAGAAGGCCAAACACUGCCGGCUAAUCUGGGAAAGCCACGCACACCAAGCGUCAUGGCACUGCAGAAAUCGCCAGAUGCACUUCCAUCGGCUCAAAAGAAGAUGCCUGGACCACGGAAUGCAUUAGCCACCAAAGGCCAGAAUUAUGCUCGCUAUGCGGGUGUAACUGGCACAACACAGAACACAAUCGCCAAUGCAAUCAAGAAUGCUGCACUGAAAGCCGAGCACGAGAGCGUCCCCAUGAAGAGGACGGCGUCGGAGGUUCUGCCGCAGGAUGGUGUGCGCAGCCCGAAGAGUCCGAGGCAGUCGUUCGUUCGAAAGCCGCGUAUGUCGGGUGCGCCGAAUUGAUUUAUGCUGAGAUCAUAUGGUACAUACGUGCAGAGACUGGGGGGUUUUUUUUUUCAGUAUGCAUGCAUCCUCGACGAAGGAAAUAUGCGGAUAUGGUCGUGCUUUAGCUUUUGCAUUUUUCUUUCUUUCAUCCAUAGCACCUUUUACACAUCACUAUACCCGGCUCCCCCCUCUCCCCUCCCCCCACCCCACGAC